UUAAUUCCUUUUCUUCUUCCUCUUUUCCUCCUUUUCUUUGCUGUUUUCUGCAUUAUCUGGUUUUGUCUAGAAAAGUGGUCUCGCUGGCUGGAAGGUCUAACGGAGGGGGGAGGUUUUUUUCAUGGCGUUUUUGGCAGGAAUGCGGCAGCUUUAGCAAGGGACCCAAAUUUCUGUGGCUGUGUCCCAGAGGUCUGCCUGUCCCUCUCCAACAUAUAUUUAGCCGUAUACUAUUUAUACAUCCAUAAUCUCCCGGCCACGUCGGGGGGCCUGGGGGGGGGAGCUUAGAGCCGGCGUGGCCACAGUGAUGGAUUUGAACCCAGGAAUGAUGAAUUUCAUGAUUACGAUUUCUUUUUCUCCCAUCAAGGUUGGAGGAUGCUCCUUGUUGGGUUAUUUUUUCCCCCCAAGCCUGCAGUCCUUUGGAUAGCAGCCGGGUUUUUUUUAACCCAGGGAGGAUGGAGCAGGUGAAAGCUGCUUCGAGCUCGAGGCCUUUGAGAUUAUAAAGUGAUAUUUUAGCAGAGAGGUAAAAAAGUUUUUUAAGUCCCUCACGGCGUGCGGUUUGCUGAGAGGCGGAGGGUCCAGGGCGAGGGGAUGGAUUUCACCCCCAGUUUUCCAGCCAGCUCCUCAUCCCUCAGCUUUCCCAACAGCUUAGGGGUGAGCGGGACUAUUAAAAAAAAACCACUUUUUUGGUUUUUUUUUAUUACUUUUUUUUAUUUUCCUUGUUUUUUUGUUGUUUUCUCUCUAUUUUCAGGCAAAUCCCCACGUUCCCACGGGUCGGAAAAACGCCCCACGUGCAGCACCCGGUCUCAGCUAGAGCUGGAGAUGGACGCGGAUAAGGGGAAGCAACGCCAGUACUCGCAGAGGAUGGCGGAGCCUCGCUUCAACAACCCCUACUUCUGGCCGCCCCCUCCCACCAUGCCCAGCCAGCUGGACAACCUGGUCCUGAUCAACAAAAUCAAGGAGCAGUUGAUGGCGGAGAAGAUCCGCCCCCCACACCUGCCUCCCACCUCGGUGGCCUCUCAGCAGCCCCUCCUAGUGCCCCCCUCACCUGCUGAGAGCAGCCAGUCCAUCAUGUCCCUGCCAAAGCUGCAGCAGGUGCCAGGGCUGCACCCCCAGGCCGUGCCCCAGCCUGACGUGGCCCUGCACGCCCGACCAGCCACCAGCACCGUCACAGGGUUGGGGCUGGCAUCCCGUGCACCGGCCGUUAGCACCUCGGAAUCCAGCCCAGGAACAGGGACCACCACCCCUUCGACCCCCACCUCCACCAGCCAGAGCCGCCUCAUCGCCUCCUCGCCCACCCUAAUCUCAGGAAUCACCAGCCCCCCCCUCCUCGACUCCAUCAAGACAAUCCAGGGCCACGGCUUGCUGGGAGCACCCAAGGCUGAGCGGGGCCGGAAGAAGAUCAAGGCGGAAAACCCUUCGGGACCACCAGUGCUGGUGGUGCCCUAUCCCAUCCUGGCCUCAGGGGAGACGGCCAAAGAGGGGAAGACAUACAGGUGUAAGGUCUGCCCCUUGACGUUCUUCACCAAGUCGGAGAUGCAGAUCCACUCCAAGUCGCACACAGAGGCCAAGCCCCACAAAUGCCCCCACUGCUCCAAGUCCUUCGCCAAUGCCUCCUACCUGGCCCAGCACCUGCGCAUCCACCUGGGCGUCAAACCCUACCACUGCUCCUACUGUGAGAAGUCCUUCCGCCAGCUCUCCCACCUCCAGCAGCACACCCGAAUCCACACCGGCGACAGACCCUACAAGUGCCCGCACCCUGGCUGCGAGAAGGCCUUCACCCAACUCUCCAACCUCCAGUCCCACCAGCGCCAGCACAACAAGGAUAAGCCCUACAAGUGCCCCAACUGCUACCGGGCGUACACGGACUCGGCCUCGCUGCAGAUCCAUCUGUCUGCGCAUGCCAUCAAGCACGCCAAGGCCUAUUGCUGCAGCAUGUGUGGCCGUGCCUACACCUCGGAGACCUAUCUGAUGAAGCACAUGUCCAAACACACGGUGGUGGAGCACCUGGUCAGCCAGCACUCGCCACAGCGGACGGAGUCGCCCGGCAUUCCUGUACGGAUCUCCCUCAUCUAAGCCGGGAGGGGACAGGACCCCCCCAGCAUAAGGAGGAGGAAGAGGAGAGGGAGGAAGAGGAGGAGGAGGACAUGACCCCCAGCGCCGCGGGCCGUGCCCAGGCUGUGCUCCUGCCCGGCUCCCGCAGGUUUGGUGACAUCCAAAGACGGUUUCAGAGCACUUUGAAUCUCUGCAGUUUGGUUUCUUUGGGGGGCGGCAGUAGGGGUGUGGGGGGGUCCCCCCCACCAGGCCCUGCCCCCCGUUUUUGCAUACAAAUAUAUAUAUAUAUAUAUAUAUUUAUUGGCCAAGAACUUGGUGCUGCUAAAGACCAGAAAUUCACCCCAAAAACGAACCGUGGAUGGAGCAAAAAGCAGCUGGGGGAGGAGGGGAAGUCCCAACCCCCCACCCUCCCUUCCCCCCAGGCUCUGGGCCCAAGCGCCUCCAUUUAGGGUUGAUUUUUAACCAUUUUGGGGGUUUUUUGUGUUCUUCUGGGGUCCCUUUUGAGGGUGAAGCCGUGGGCAGAGCUGAGUCCCCCCAGGGACAGCCCCCCCAUUCCACAUCCCCAGUUUUUGGGGAUUUGGGGGUCCCCCUGCUUUGCCUUGUGCCUGCCUGUACAUACCCCCUGUAUAGAGCUGGGGGACACUCCCCCCAAACUCAUCUAUAUUCUGUAUUUUUUGGUUCAUUUUGGAUAUUAACUGUGUUAUUUUUUAUACACUUUUUAAGCCUUAACUCAGCGUUUCUUUGGGGUUUUUUGUUGGUUUUUUUCAGGGUGUUUUAUUUACCUUUUAUUAAUUUUUAACCCCAUCCCCUUAUUUUUUACCCCCCCUAUUAUUUUUACCCCCCAUCCUCUUAUUUUUUACCCCCCCAUUAUUUCUCCUGUCGAUGUUGUAUGAUAUCAAUAUUGUAACCUUUUUUGUCAGCAUGUUAAUACCGUGUAAAUACGUCUCUUAUACACUUAGCCCCCCCUUUUUUCUCCCCUUCCCCCAAACUUUGGGGCUUUUUUAUUUUCCUCACUGCCCAGCCAGGCCAGGCCUUCCUAGAGCUAGUUGGUACCUUAUUAAAAAGGGGGAAAAAAGAAAAAAAAAAGAUAAAAAAGAGGAGAAAAUGGACAAAAAGUUGCCCCUCUCCCUGUUGUUGCCAGCCCCCUGUCCUGCAGUGUGGUUCCUGGAGAAGCUGGGGGGGGCCACGGCCUCACAGUGUGGAAAAGGAGUGAAAUCCCCCCCAGCCCAGCCCCUUUCCAAAAAAAGAGAAUAAAAAAGAACAAAAAAAGACCAGAACAGGAA